AUGGCUGAACGAAAUUUAACUACACCUGGAUUAACAGAUGGAUCUCCUACUUCCACAUUAAUAACAUUACUUGAAAGUGCAGUUUCUAAUAUGAACAUUAGUAGUUCACCAACGACUUCUACUGCAAUGAGCACACCAUUCAGUUCUCCUUUUAGAGGAGAGUUACCUACAGACGCACCUAAUAAUAUUGCAUUUCAUGGAUUACUUGCCAAUACAACUACACAGCCUAGUGUGUCCCUUCUUGAAGAUAUAGUUACAUCUGCAACUACUGGAGCACAAAAUUUUGUGCGUGAUGCAAUAAACACAACAGUAGGAACAAAUGUAUCUACAUUAGGCGAAGUCCUUACAGAAUCGGCAAACUAUACCAUGAGCACACUUCGAGAUAUGGUGGAAAAUGGUACUGCUACCACUAUUAAUACAACUUCUCCAUCAUAUAUGAAUAUCACCACAAAUGAAACUAGGAUUCCACAUCAUUCGUUUAACUUUUAUCUACCUCUUUGGAUAACAACAAUGGUUCUGAUAUCUGUUGCUAUAUGGAUGGCUAUAAUAAUUUUGAAUAUUUGUGAGAUAAGCAAUAAUAAAAAAAGUGAAGAGGUUCAAUUAAAUGACAUGUUGAGAAGACUACAUGCGGAUUACCAGAAUAUGUCUAAUGCACAACGUAGGAGGCGAAGGGGAAGACCUUAUCAUGAAUCACUUUAUACUGUGGAGGAAGGUGGAAGCGAUGAAAGUGACGAUGAGGAUUAG